AUGCAGCAUCCACUGGAGAUGGGGGCUCAUUACUAUCCACCAGAUGCGCAUCACGACAACCGAUCCCACCGAUAUAGGAGUUUCAUGAUCGAGGAGAUUCUGACUGACCAUCCAGACCCAAAGGUGUCCGCCCCGGCAGGGGAGCUACUCAAGUUUGGAGUACAAGCUCUUUUGUCGGCACGGCCCUACCACAAUCAUUUAGUCUUGAAGGCCGAUCAGGGUAUCCUUAAGUUUCCAAUGUCACCACUGUCAUGUUCGCUCGGCGCGCCUUUGGGUUCUGCGCUCCUAUCCGGGGCGCCGGGCCUGCAAGUCGGCCCCGCUUCUCAUCACCUGCCGCUGGACCUCCACCUUCGCAGUAAACUGGACCCCGGGGGAGACGGAGGGAACAAAUCAAAGAAGGGCAGGAGGAGCCGAACUGUCUUUACUGAACUGCAGCUCAUGGGCUUGGAGAAAAGAUUUGAGAAGCAAAAGUAUCUGUCAACACCUGACAGAAUAGACCUCGCAGAAUCACUGGGCCUUAGUCAACUGCAAGUAAAAACAUGGUAUCAGAACAGAAGAAUGAAGUGGAAAAAAAUCGUCUUGCAAGGUGGCGGAUUGGAAUCGCCAACCAAACCUAAAGGCCGGCCAAAGAAAAAUUCAAUUCCCACGAGCGAGCAGCUCUCGGAACAGGAAAGGUCACGAGACACCGACCGUCAGUCAGAUGGCUCCUCCUCAUCCCAUUCCGACGUCAAUCAAGAGGAAUAGAUGUGACGCUCAUCCAUUUCCCCGAUGCAAACUGACUAUUGCUUCUAGGAUGUAUCGAAAUAUUUCU